AUCCAUGAAAAACGUAAUAUUUGAGCAAUGGCCUGAAGGGGGUGAGGGAGUGAACUGUUUUAGAAAUCUGGGGGAAGGGUAUUUCAGGUACCGGGAACAGCCAGGGCAAAGGCUCUGAGGUGAGACUGCUGGGUGUGGUUGCAGAACAGCAGCUAGCAGUGAUUGAGGGGCAGGUGAGCCAGAGAGAUAAUAGGGGUGAAUGGGGUCAGACCAUAUGAGCCACAUUGAGGACUGGAGCAUUUAUUGGGUGUGAUAAGGGAGAUGUGGUGCAUUCUCAAGUACAGGAGAAAUGUGACCUGGCUUGUAAAAGUCUGGGUGAGACCCUAUGAAUCCCAACCUGAUUGAACCUUUCUGGCAGCCGUCAGGUUAGCUUGUACUCAUUGAGAUCCCCCCGCCCCAACUCCAAUUAGUGGUUGUGUCUGGGCCAGACCCUCCUCCCCCUACACCCCUCACUUGGGUAGAUCAGUGGCGUAGUCCACUAGUCACCAUGACGAUGGUUGCUAAGGGAGGUUAGAGGUCUUUGUAGCCAUAUAGAGCAGGCUGCCUUGGCAGUUGGGGCUGAUGUUGGGUUGGUGCCAGCAGAAAAUGCCGUUCUACGGGCGUGUCCAGGGUUAUGUCAGUUGUUCUGAGGUCCUGGGCAAUUCCCCUUCUCCACCCAUGGCUAGGUUCAUCACUGCUGCUGCACCCAAGAAUACCUGCUGCUCCCACAGGGGGGCUGCCUCCCUAGAAACCUGCAUUCCAUCGAUUGGACCCUUGCCCUCAGCCAUCCACCCAAGACUCGGUACUCAGGUCGCCAUGGAUCGGAUGAAGAAGAUCAAACGGCAGCUGUCAAUGACACUCCGAGGGGGCCGAAGUGUAGACAAGACCAACAGUGCCCCUGAACAGAUAGGCCUGGAUGAGAGUGGCGGUGGUGGUGGCAGUGACCUUGGAGAGGCCCCCACCCGCGCUGCCCCAGGGGAACCCUGCUCUGGGCGGGGACUACUCAGCUCUGCACCAGAGAUUGUACACGAGGACUUGAAGAUGGGGUCUGACUUGAAGAUGGGAUCUGAUGGGGAAAGUGACCAGGCUUCAGCCACGUCGUCAGACGAGGUGCAGUCACCAGUGAGGGUGCGCAUGCGCAACCAUCCUCCUCGCAAGAUCUCCACUGAGGACAUCAACAAGCGCCUCUCACUACCAGCUGACAUCCGGCUGCCUGAGGGCUACCUUGAGAAGCUGACCCUCAAUAGCCCCAUCUUUGACAAGCCCCUCAGCCGCCGCCUCCGCCGUGUCAGCUUGUCUGAGAUUGGCUUUGGGAAACUGGAGACCUACAUCAAGCUGGACAAGCUGGGGGAGGGUACCUAUGCCACCGUUUACAAAGGCAAAAGCAAGCUCACAGACAACCUUGUGGCACUCAAGGAGAUCAGACUGGAACAUGAAGAGGGAGCGCCCUGUACCGCCAUCCGAGAAGUGUCCCUGCUUAAGGACCUCAAACAUGCCAACAUCGUCACUCUACAUGACAUUAUCCACACGGAGAAGUCCCUCACCCUUGUCUUUGAGUACCUGGAUAAGGACCUGAAGCAGUACCUGGAUGACUGUGGGAACAUCAUCAACAUGCACAAUGUGAAACUGUUCCUGUUCCAGCUGCUCCGAGGCCUGGCCUACUGCCACCGGCAGAAGGUGCUACACCGAGACCUCAAGCCCCAGAACUUACUCAUCAACGAGAGAGGAGAGCUCAAACUGGCUGAUUUUGGUCUGGCCCGGGCCAAGUCAAUUCCAACGAAGACUUACUCCAAUGAGGUGGUGACCCUGUGGUACCGGCCCCCCGACAUCCUGCUCGGGUCCACCGACUACUCCACCCAGAUUGACAUGUGGGGCGUGGGCUGCAUAUUCUACGAGAUGGCCACAGGCCGGCCCCUCUUCCCAGGCUCCACAGUGGAGGAGCAGCUGCACUUCAUCUUCCGCAUCUUGGGAACCCCAACUGAGGAGACAUGGCCGGGCAUCCUGUCCAAUGAAGAGUUCAAGACACACAACUACCCCAAGUACCGUGCCGAGGCCCUUUUGAGCCAUGCACCACGGUCCCCUUGUCCUUGUGGUAGACUUGAUAGCGAUGGGGCUGAUCUCCUCACCAAGCUGCUGCAGCCCCCACCUCAGUUUGAAGGUCGCAAUCGGAUCUCUGCAGAGGACGCCAUGAAACACCCAUUCUUCCUCAGUCUGGGCGAGCGGAUCCACAAACUUCCUGACACUACUUCCAUAUUUGCACUAAAGGAGAUCCAGCUACAAAAGGAGGCCAACCUUCGCUCUUCGUCAAUGCCUGACUCAGGCAGGCCAGCUUUCCGUGUGGUGGACACCGAGUUCUAAGCCACAGACCCAGGCCCCAGCAGGCAGCAGCUGGAGGGAUGCCACACCCCUCACAGGGCAGCCCCCAACUGCAUCCUCCCUUGCUUGCUGCCUGCCUACCUGCCUGAUCCAUGCUCGCCUGCCCACGUGUUCCCUGCUGCCUGUCCAAACAUCCAUUGGCCUGUCUGCUGGGUGCUAACAAAGCUCUCAUCGCUCCUUCA